CUUUCUUUUGUCUUAAUAUUCACCCUUUUUAUCAUUUCACCUUAGACUAAUCCAUCAUAUUCCUCUUUCUUCAACAUUUUCUCUGUUUGAUGUAGGUGAAGAUAGAGAUAGCAUCCAUGGACAUGUCUAGGGGAAGCAACAGUUUUGACUAUAAGAAAAUCAGUUGUCAGAGAGGUCACUGGAGACCUAUUGAAGACGACCACCUCCGGCAACUCGUGGAACAAUAUGGUCCUAAGAACUGGAAUUUCAUUGCUCAACAUCUUUGUGGAAGAUCAGGGAAAAGUUGUAGAUUGAGAUGGUACAAUCAACUUGAUCCAAACAUCACCAAGAAACCUUUCACUGAGGAAGAAGAAGAGAGACUUCUCAAAGCUCAUCGGAUCCAGGGGAACCGUUGGGCCUCUAUAGCAAGGCUAUUCCCAGGGAGGACCGAUAACGCUGUCAAGAACCAUUUCCAUGUCAUCAUGGCUAGACGCAAACGUGAAAGCUUAUCUUCCACGUCCACUUCUACGUUCAACCAAAGCUGGCAUAAUAUGUUGAGCCCUAGUCCUAGUCUUACAAGGCUUAAUAGAUCCCAGUUUGGACUAUGGAGGUAUCAAAAGGACAAGAGCCAUGGUACCUCGCCUUACACUUUUGUUUCAACACCUAGAGAUGAUCAGUUUGGAUCUUCAUCGAUCUCGAAUGUACGCAAAGAAGUUUAUCCUGAGAGGAGAAAGUUGAAAGAGCUGGUGGAUGAACACAAUAACGCAUUUCACACAGCUACACCAGAUCAAAACAAGAACUCAGUUGAAGAUGGACCAUCCACGGGAGAUGAUGGUGGGAAGAGAAAUGUUGCUUUCAUUGAUUUUCUUGGAGUUGGAUUAGUUUCUUAGGUUACACUUUCACAACUCAAUGAUUUUAAAGGGUAUCUAUCAUUAGGGUUAGGUAUCAUUUUCAGCCUUUUGCUUCCUCGAAACCUCAUAUGGAUCUUCUAUCAAUUACAACUCUCGUUUUCCAUCCAUUUAAAUCUAUAUAUACAACAUUUAUAUAUGUAGGUGUCAACAUGUACAUAUAAUUAUAUACGUUUGUGUAUCACAUGCAUUUAAAUUGGUACAUACGCAUACGUGUAUGUGUCCCUGUCGUUAUUGUUGGUGUAAUGCAUGGUUUGCUAAUUAGUAGAGAUGCAUGUAACAAAUAUUU